GUUUCGGAUGGUGAGAAAUCAUGCACCUCGACUACAGAGUUGCUGAUGAGAUGAGAGGAGAGGAGACGUACCGUGCGAAGCUGGGUAUUGGUGUUGCUUUUGUGAAGUACAAAACAAAAAAAACAGCUAUCAGUUCGUGUGAAGACAAAAAACUGGUUCAUCAUCUACAGUCACCAUGAGCAAUGUUGUGCGGAAGAGGGGUCAUCCCAACAGAGGAGGUGGCAAAGGGAACAAGCCCAGGGGAGGUCAAGGAGGAGGUCAUGGAGGGGGAAAAGGUCAGAGGUCAUCCGGUUUUGCAGCCGAGACAGGAGCAAGGAAAGGAGACUUUGACUACCUCGAUGAUGACUUUUUCCUGAUGCCAAGGGGGCCAUCUGACAGGAGUAAUAGGGCAGGGUCAAAGGGUGCAUCUGGAGGAGCAUCUUCAGGAGGGCGUGGAGGUGACAGGCAACGAGGGCGGGGCAGCGAGCGUCAAGCAAGCCAGAGCAGUAAUGGCCAGCAGAGGCACAGCAGUGAGGGGUAUCAGGGGCGUGGUAUUGAGGGAUAUCGCGGGCGUGGCAGAGGGCGUGGCCGGGGUGAACCCAGGAAGGUGAAGAUGCAGCAGCUGCACAUGACCACGGAGAAUCAGGAGCUGGUCCGGGACGUCUUGAGAGAACUCCAGGGCAAUGACCUUGCAGAGCUCAGUGAUCAAACAUACAGUGAACUGGACAGUAGAAGUGACUUCCGGUUUUGGACAGAGGAUAAGAGUAUGGUUGUGGAAGGGGCCACAGGCUUUGGAGUGGACAAUGAAGAGGAUUCUCAGGAGCAGCUAGUCAACAAAUAUGCCCUGCUUAAACUACUCAAGUAUGGCUUCCACCGGGACCACUGUCUCGCUGCCUUGGAAGAGACCAGUGGUGACGUUGGCCAAGCACUGGAACACCUUCUGCAAAAAUGUUUCCGGUACUCGCCAAAACACAAACCCAAGCGGAAGCGCACCAAGAGUCAACAAGGAGAUGUUGAGAUGGACGGACAGAUGCGGGAGGCCCUGCAGCAGAGGGAGGAGGAGGCCACAGCCCUCAGCUCCAUCUACCAGGAGGACUUUGAUGAGAGGAUACCUGACCGGGUGUGGGUCCUGAACUUUGACCUGCCCCACAUCACCGACCACUUCAGGGAAAAGGCCCGAAACUCACAGGACCGGACACGGCAGAUGUUGGACCAGUCUUUGGCCAUGGUCGGCAUGUGCAGGUUCUACCAGCAGGGUUACUGCCGGUUUGGUUCCAAGUGCAAGUUUCGGCACAAGAGGGAGAGUCAUGGCCCGUCCUACCAGGAGAUCUGUGACAAUGCUGGCGCCCAGGUCUACCAGCUGGAGAUUCGAUUCCCCGAGGGCAACCUCUAUCCCCUGGAGCCCCCUCUGGUAGCCUUCCUUACUUCCAAUCCGGACUUCCCCAUCGGCAAGAGCCUCAACGUCUCCAGGCUGUUGUUUGAGGAGGCAAAGGACAUUGCUGAGACUGCUUCCCCGGCUGUGUUCUCGCUUGUGUCUGUCCUAGAAGAUGCCACCCAGAUGAUAAAUGCUCUUGAACAAAAGCCAUUGCCUCUGAGCCUCGUGCCUUCCUCGGAUAAAUCCGUUCAGAAGAAACCAGUCUUCAAACAAGGAGCCGGUCGUGGUAAACCUCUAAAUGCUUCAGCAGAUAACACAGCUGAACAUGGAGUGGACAAUUCACAUUCUUUUGCAAAAGGAAAGAACGCAUCAAACCUGACUGUCAGCAGUGAUGAAAGCGAAGACUCUGAGAGCAAGGAAGAAGGAACCUCGUCGUCAGAAAUUGAGUCUGAACCGGCCCCGGUGAAAACAGAGAAGAACCAGCCAAUGAAGAGGGACCAAAGAGCCAUUGAGAGGGAGAACAGGAAUCUCAAAGAGCAGUUCAGGAAGAAGAAGCAUUCUCAUUCCUACAAGAGCUUCCUUGCUGACCGGCAAAAGCUUCCAGCCUGGCAGGAGCAAGAGAAAAUCCUGGAAACCCUGGACAAAAGCCAGGUUGUGGUUGUGAGCGGAAUGACUGGAUGUGGAAAGACAACCCAGGUGCCCCAGUUCAUCCUGGACGCCUCCCUGAAGAGACCCGGCCCCUCACUGUGCAACAUCAUCUGCACCCAGCCCAGGCGCAUAUCGGCCAUGGCGGUGGCCGAGAGGGUGGCUAACGAGAGAGACGUCCGGCUUGGUGGGGUGGUGGGAUACCAGAUCAGACUGGAGAGCAGACAGUCUGCCUCUACUCGGCUGUUGUUCUGCACAACCGGCAUCCUUCUGCGACGGUUGGAAGGAGAUUCUAGUCUAGACGGAGUCAGCCACGUCAUAGUGGACGAGGUCCAUGAAAGGAGUGAAGAAAGUGAUUUCUUGAUGAUGGUCCUGCAGGAUCUUCUUCCCAAGAGGAAGGACCUCAGGGUUCUUCUCAUGAGUGCAACAUUGAAUGCCGACCUUUUCUCCUCGUACUUUGAUGGCUGCCCAGUCAUUGACAUACCAGGGAAAACGUUCCCAGUGGAGCAGUACUUUAUGGAGGAUGCUAUUGAAUGGACAGACUAUAACCUGGAGGAGAACUCCACAUAUGCUCGGCCGAUCAAGCGCAGCAACGCUGUUCAAUCUGACAGCACUGCCAAGCAGCUGAAGAAUUACCAGUAUGGAGGUGUAGAAGACGAAAUAGAGGAAGCUCUAGCAUCGACAUCCAUCAAGCCAAUCAAGGAUAACAUGAGAGAUUGGAAUCUCACAAUCCAGCAGCUUGCCCUGCGAUAUAGCGAUUACAGCAAGUCCACCAUCAAGGUCCUAGGCACUAUGGAUGCAGAAAAGAUCAAUUACGAUUUGAUUGAAGAACUUGUCUCUUGGAUCGUCUUUGGGGAUCAUGAGUAUCCCAAGGAUGGAGCCAUCUUAAUCUUUCUGCCUGGACUGGCCGAGAUCCUGUCCUGCUAUGAUCAACUUCAGAGCUCCCUGUGUGGGCCCAGAGCCAAGAAAAAGUUCAAGUUGGUUCCCCUUCACUCAUCUCUGUCUAGCGAGGAGCAAAACUCUGCGUUCCUCAAGCCCAAGGAAGGGAUCACCAAAGUGGUCAUCGCCACCAACAUCGCCGAGACCUCCAUCACCAUUGACGAUAUCGUCUACGUCAUUGAUGCCGGGAAAAUGAAGGAGAAAAGGUACGACUCCUCCAAGGGCAUGGAAAGCCUGGAAACCACCUGGGUGUCCAGAGCCAAUGCCCUGCAGCGUAAGGGUAGAGCCGGACGUGUCACUGAGGGGGUCUGCUUUCAUCUUUUUACUGCCAACACCUACCAGCACCAUCUCAGGGAACAACCCAUCCCAGAGAUCCAGAGAAUCCCCUUGGAGCAGCUGGUGCUCAGGAUCAAGAUUUUGCCUCUCUUCAAAGGAAUGUCUGCACAGGGUGUUUUGUCCAAUCUACUUGAACCUCCUCCAACGUCCAAUAUUCAAGACGCCAUCCUGAGGUUACAGAAUCUUGGUGCACUCGAUAAAGAUGAGGGCCUGACAUCCCUGGGCUAUCACUUAGCUUCCUUACCAGUUGAUGUCCGCAUCGGCAAACUCAUGCUGUUUGGAGCCAUCUUUCGCUGUCUUGAUCCUGUGCUCACCAUUGCAGCUAGUCUCAGCUUCAAGUCACCAUUUGUGGCACCAUUUGACAAGCGAGACCAUGCAGACAAGAAGAGGUUGGAGUUUGCAAUCGGCAACAGUGACCACCUGACUCUGCUAAGAGCCUACAAGGGCUGGAGCACCACUAUAGAGCGAGGAUCGUACAACGGAUACAGAUAUUGCCAUGAGAACUUCCUGUCACUAAAAACACUCCAGAUGAUUGUGAGCAUGAAGCACCAGUUUGCGGAGCUGCUGUCCAGUAUUGGCUUCAUUAAGGAAGGACUGAGCUCCAAGAUGAUGGACCGUAGGACGGGAGGGAACGGGGAUGCCGUCCUGAAGAUGUGCGGACCAGAGGCAAAUUCCAAUGCUGACAACUCCCGUCUGGUACUCGCUGUUCUGUGCGCGGCCCUCUAUCCCAACGUGGUGCAGGUGAUGACGCCAGAGUCCAAGUACAGUCAGACCAGUGCUGGGGCUGUGCCCAAGGCCCCGCGGCCAGAAGACAUCAGGUUCAAGACCAAGGAAGAGGGCUAUGUGAACAUUCAUCCAUCAUCAGUCAACUUCCAAGUGCGGCACUAUGAGAGCCCCUACCUGGUCUUCCACGAAAAGAUCAAGACGUCAAAGGUGUACAUCCGUGACUGCAGUAUGGUUUCUGUGUACCCACUGCUUCUGUUCGGAGGCUGUGAUCUCUCCAUUAAUCUGGAUAGAGGGAAGUUUAUCAUUUCUCUCGAUGAGGGUUGGAUUCGAUUCAGUGUUGCCACUGUUGAGGUGGCAGAACUGCUGCGGGAGUUGAGGCUGGAACUAGAUCAACUCUUGCAAGACAAGAUCCAACAGCCCAACAUGGACCUGUGCACCUGCCCACGAGGGAGUCGCAUCAUUACAGCCAUCGUGCAACUCAUUACCACGCAGUGAUUACACUAGACAAAACAACUGGAUGCUCAAUGGAGCUAUGCACCUGCCCUCAACGGAGUUACAUCAUCACAGCUAUUGUGCAACUCAUUACCACACGGUGAUAACGAGAGACAAAACAAGUAGAUGCUUGAUGGACCUAUGCACCUGUGCAUGAGAAAGUCCCAUCAUCACAGCUAUCAUGCAACUCGUUACCAUAAAGUGAUCAUGAGAGACACAUUGACCUGCCCAACUUACCACACUUAAAUGUGACCAGGUUCACCUGGUUUGUGUGCCAUAUCAUUAAAAAUGUUCUAAUCAGCAGCUAAUGGUGCUUCCACAGUAACUGAAGUUCUCUAUGAUCACAUAUUUAUCAAAUGUCUGGACUGUUAAUGGGAUGCUGUGUAUAGUGUGUUCACUCAACCAUCCAUUAGGUACAGUGUGUCAGAAUUUGAAUCUCAUUUUGGUACUCUUGGCUUAAGGCAGUGAACCGAAGUCACAGGAAUCCCGUCAACAGUGACAUCGAGAGGGAUGUGGCUCAUACUUGAGUGCCAUUGCUCCAGUGUUCCCAGCCCCUGCAGGAGAAUGCUACCAGUUUGCACACAUUCAAAUGAAAAGUGGUCAUGCAUACAUUGUGCCACACGUACGAGGCCAAGUGAAUGCUCGCCAAAUGCCUAUUGCCUGACCCACAGGACAUAGUUACUUGGUGCCACAGCGCCCUCUAUCAUCGGAUGCAAAGAGUCCACUGAAUAUGGUAGCUGAGAUUCUGAUGCCAACGAUGCCUUUCUGGUGAACAUAUAUUUUGUCCCAGUUAUUUAUGGAAAUGACCUGCUUGUGCCAAUGUACUUUAUUUUUUAAUGUGAUGCAAAGAAAAUGCUACAGUUUCAAUAAAAUCAAAAAUUCUAAAUUAAAAUCAAUGAGUUUUGGAAGGAGAGUCAGUAGUAUUUGAAUUGCUGAAUUUGACACCAAAAUCUAACAUGACAUUUUUGUGAAAAAAAUAAAGAUUUAUGUUUACAAGA